AACACAAAAGACACAUAUCAACCAUGUAUAGUGAAAAGACAAUACAAGCUUGAAGGGCAUUUAUUUGAAAACUUGAAAAUACAAAUCAAUAAAAUGGCAAUGGGCAUUGAAUUGACACACUACAAACUUGUGAAGAAAAUAGUUGUAAAUGGUGUUAAAGUGUCAAGCAAAAGUUGUACCAAAGUAAAGAAGAGAAAUUCGCAUACUGUCAUAGUCAGCGAAACCAGUGUCAACAAACGGUUUCUGGAGGUUGAUUUCUUUCUUCAAAACACUGAAACGUCUACUGUUCUAGCAGUAGGGAGACAACUCAAAGUGAAAGAAAAGCUUCUUCAAGACAACGUGCCACAUCUGCAGAUUGUUGAAUACUCUAGUGCUGAACAAACAGUGGAAAAGGCAAUUUACAUUCAACAAGUACUGAUGAGCUUUGAAGUAGAAGGCAGUAAAAUAAUUGCAGAAUUUCCAAACUCUGUGGAAGGGGAUUAGUUGUAUCUGGUCUCUGUUGAGAGUUGUAAUAAUUAUAAUUCUUAUUUAACUGAGCUUUGUGUGGUGAAUGUAUACCUCUAUAGAAAGACAUGUUGUGGGAGCUGAUUAUGUUAUACCAUUACCUAUUUUACUAUCUUUUCAUUUAAUCAAUUAUG